ACUUUUACAACUGUUCCAGCACCCAAUCCCAAAAACCCAUUAAAGCUUGAAUUUUAGUGGCGACCAGGUCGAAAUCAACAGCUGUAAUUCACCAUUCAAGUCUCAUAAACCUUGCUGACUACUUGGUGUCUUGGUCAAAUUAAUAAUACUUAUACUUCUUCAAGCCAAACCUUGCUGACUACAGAACAAGUCAUCCACCACACACCCAAACACGGCUUUAAAUACAAUCACCCAAUAAACAAAGUACCAUCGAUCUCAGAGACCUCUAGAUACAAGUCUGAAGAAAUAUGCAAAGCAAUCCAGAGAAACAUACCGUGCGAAGACUUCAAGUUCCGGCAGCCGGAAAUCUGAGUUUCCGGAGUAAUUCCAUGGCAUCAUUGUCUCCUAGGCCUCACCACAUAUGUACACGGUCAUCAUCUCCUAGGCCUCAGCACAUGUGCACACGGUCAUCAUCUCCUAGGCCUCAGCACAUGUGCACACGGUCAUCAUCUCCCAGGCCUCAGCGCAUGUGUACACGCUCAUCAUCAUGUAACUCAAGACCGAUCCGAGGUGUCUGUCAUGAGAUUCCAAUACCUGGAAACAGGUUGAGAAGGCACCGGGCAGACAAAGAGAUCCUGAGGAGGGCAUUGACGCCGCCGGUUCGUAGGCAGAGUAGGCGGUGGUGGAAUUUUCGGCCGAUGCCAAGUCGGCUUUGUAACAUGUCAAAGACUUAGAUUGCUUUUCCAAUUCAUUUUUGUAUUUGAGGUCCACAAAAAUUCAAAUAGACAUAAACAGGAAGCGUAAUUCGGGGUUUGUAAAUUUGCAAAGAUGUUCACAGGACUUGAACCUUUUUUAUUUUUAGUUGUGUGGAUUGGCUGAUGAGCAUCACUUUAGUAAUAAAGAAAGAAGAAUAAUAAAGUUAAUUAGCUA